AUGUUGGAGUACACGGCAGGAUUAAUAAGACGAAACAAGAAAAAGUUUCUUAUAUCCUCUGGAAUCAUAGGAGUAGGUUACUAUGUAACCAAAACUAUCAAUAACAAGAUCCAAGAAUUCCAAAACCGAAUUAGAGAGGAAAACUUUGCCAAAGAGCAAAUCAAGCGUCGGUUUCACCAGACGCAAAGUGAUUGCUACAUGACCUUUCUAUCACUGCUGCCAGUACUUUGUGAACCAAUUAUGGACGAUUUGCCAGUAGAGACUAUCACCAAGCAGCUCCAAAUUAGACGGCUAGAAAAACAAAUUGGCAACAAAGAUGUUAAGAAUUCCGGAUCCACUGUGCUUAGUGACGAUUUCUCAACAUCUCAAGAGGGAGCGAUAUCGGAGGAUACUAACAAACCUCCUGAACUGAAAAGUAAAAAUCAAUUGUGGCAAGAGCUAAAAAUCAAAGCAAUAACAAGAUUUCUCACGCUGAUAUAUUGUGAAUCCUUGCUGAUUGUAUUCUUACACCUUCAGCUUAAUAUUCUAUCGCGCAAGUCUUAUCUUGAGACUGCAAUCAGGCUGGCUUCUGAGACCCAGGGGAUAGAUUUGGUAGAUCAAGAGUCUAAUGGUGACUUUUCUGGCAACACUCAGGAUGAAAACUUAUCCGAACAAGCAUUCUUGAGUUUUAGUUGGUGGCUGCUCAACAAGGGAUGGCUUGAGAUAAAGAACAAGAUUGAGCCAUGUGUUGAACAACACUUUGGAGGUAUAAAUCCCAGACAGCAAUUGAAGAUAAAUGAGUUUGCCGAGCUUUUAAACAAAUGUCAAAAUUGUAUUGACCUGAAGGUUUUAAAUCUUACCGAAGAUGAUAUACAUUUGGGAGUCGGUGUUAUCGAAGACCAGUCCCAGCCUGUUGGAAGAAAAAGCACUAACUUUAUCACAAACGCUUUAUUACCACCCAAAGAGUUUGAGUUUUUCCUUUUGCAACAGACAAAUGAUUUAGACUUUUUAUCCCGCUUCAACAAUAAUAUCGUCAAUACUGAGAGCUUGAACAUGUUAUUGGAUGAAUUAAACAACUAUCUGAACAAUGCGGACAUCAAUCUGAUAGUCAACAAAUUGGCUACCCUAGGUAUUACCAAAGUUCUGGAUGAAAUAGUUCUCAACCUAUUACAGAAGAAUCGACCGAACCCAAUUUCAGAUAUGAAUAUACGUGAUAUUGAUCUCAAUGAUUUUCCCCCCUACAAAUUAGCAGCUUUGCUGGCAAACAUAACCAAACAGUCUAUUUCGUUGACUAACAACUCUGUGGAGAACCCUAUUUUAGCAGACUUAAACAAUUUACCGGAACUUAAUGAUCUCAGCGCAAGUGUAUACUCUAAUUUUGAUCCUUAG